AUGCAACACGAUUCGCUACCCACAGCUGCGCAACACGACUCCCUACCCCACAGCUGCCAAACACGACUCAACCACAAAGAUGCCAACACGGAUAUCCUACCCACAGCUUGCCAACACGACUCCUACUCCAGACUAGGCCAACACGAUCAACAUGACCCACAAGCUGCCAACAACGACUCCACCCACAAGCUUAAAGCCAACACGGACUCCAACCCACAAAAGCUGCCCAACAACGACUCCUACCCCACAGCUGCCAACACGACUCUCUCCACACUGCCAACAAGACCGCUGCAUUGGCAUGUUCUUGCCCGGACGCCACAAAGCGGCCAGCAUCGAUACGGCACCAGAGCCUCGGCCAGCGGCGUCGCCUCCGUCAGAUACCGCCGUUUGCUUCAUAGCCGCGACACAUCCACGAUCCACACGCGUCGCCCAAACCCACGCCCAACCCACAGCCACAGUCCACCAACGUCCAAACCCACCCCCACUGCCCAAACCCACGCCCAUCCACCGCCACAAACCUACACCCACCUACCGCCCAUAACCGACCCACAGGCCCACACUGCCCAAACGCCCACCACAACCACCCCACCGCCAAAAACCCAAAAGACCCACAAAGCAGAGCACAACCCACCACUGCCCAAACCAUACCAUAGACCACUUAACCAGCCCCACCUGAAACCCUGA